GUGGGCCGCGGCACUCCCCCAUACAACACAUGCCUCAUCUGUAAACUAGCCAGAACGGGUAAGGUGUAAACUACGGUAACACACGUGAUUAGCGUGGACAUCCUGUCCCGAAAAAGUUCAUUUUGAGAUCAGUGCUCUUCAGUGACGGUUGGUUCUAGUCGCAGCUUAGUUCGGAAAACGUCUGUUUCGAGUCAGUGAACGUUCAACUUUAAUUUUGCUUUGAAAAUCGCGUACUGAAGUUAAAAACUAGCGUAGGAAGAGACUGCGACGGACAAGGGUUAGAUAGGACCUACAGGUGCCGGGAUAUUGUUGUACGCCAGCGGGACAAUGGAAGCGGAACGGGCGGGCGACAUCGCGCCAGCUGCCGAGGACGCGGGCCAGGCGUCGCGGUCGUCUCUCUCCUUCUCCAUCGAGAGCAUUCUCGGCUCUUCUCCGGUCAGCAGAAGAGCGGAGCACGUCCCCGUGCCGAAAGCUCACGGACACUGGCUACACGGGAUCCCGCAUGGACAGUUUUACCCCGGUUCUCAGGACCACCGGGUCGUGUGUGAGGUGCCCGGCGGGGUGGGAGCGGCCCUUCCCCCGUCUGUACCGGUCGGAAGACUCGCGUGGAUGGCCCAAGUAUUCAACGGAAACAACAUUCCGUUCCACAGCGCCGGGCAGCCAUUGGCCAUGACGCUCGCAGCAAGCAAAGCAAUCCUACCCAGCAUGCAGCGCCCCCGAAAGCGGAAACUGCCUUUGGACCGGAAGCCACGUCAGGCUUAUUCAAGCAGACAGCUGGAGCGUCUGGAAGAAGAGUUUAAGAAAGACAAGUACCUGAGCGUCAGUAAGCGGGUGGAGCUGGCGGAGUCUUUGGAGCUGACGGAGAUCCAGGUCAAAACGUGGUUCCAGAACAGAAGAACAAAAUGGAAGAAGCAGACUGCGGCAAGAAUGCGCAUGCUCCACCAGCAAGACGCCGGCAUUCUGCCGUCGACCAGCGUGCCUCAUGACGUCACCCGUUACCAUGGAUACACAACCUGCCCCGCCCUGCCGUCGUCGUUCCCUAACUUCUCUGCGUCAUCAGAGCCGUUCUUGUUCCCAGCCCCUACAAGCGUUCACCACAUUAUCUCUUACAAAUAAGCCACAAUGUAAAAUAUUACCUGUACAGAUAUAUUUUACCGUAUGAUGCAUUUAUAGCCUAUGUCGUCUAUGUUUGUUUGAUUGUUUGUACAUGAAAUAUUUUUAUCGACUGCAGAAGACAUCUGAAAAGAAGUGGAAAUUGUUUGGAUGUUGUUUAUUUUCGUUCUAUCUUCUAUCAUUCCGGAAGCAAGGUAGCCUUAACGAUGCUGCUUUUUUAAAACCUGAUACGUCACAAUUUUCUGUGAUCUAAUCGCCUUAUACUUACUUACUGUAAUAUUACUUAAUUGGACGACAGUAGCGCAUCUAGGACAAGAUUACACAUGUAAUUGAAGAGAGUACUACGUAGAAGACAGUUUUUGUUCAUGACUUACAUUGAUACCGUGGUCGAGGGGGGGGGGCGAUUGUACGGAUUGCAGUUGAAGAGGAAAUCGCGAGAGGGUGCUCUUUACCGUUGCCGCAUUCAUGAGCCAAGACCAAAUCAGAUUAUCAAUCCUCUGUACUGACAAACCUUUUUAUGGAGCAAUUUUUUAACGUUUUUAAGUAAGACAAAUGAUUGAUCCUACCAAACCGUAUUGUGUGUAUAAACUUUAACAC